UCCCUCUGCAGGCGGCGAGGGCAGGACCCCCCGACGGCACGCAGCGCCGGUCAUGGCGCAGCUGAGGCGAGCCGGCAGCCGCGCGCUCCUCCGCUCCAUUUUCUAGCCGCGCCUGAGGGAGAGAAAGCGGUGGCACUGACAGCUCCACGGGAUGGGCGCUUCUCGGGGUCCCCGCUGGCUGGCCCCGUCGCUGGCGCUGCUGGCUUGGCUUCUGCUGCUGCCAGGCGACGUCUCCGCCCUGUCGGAAAGCGGAGCGCCCGAGCCGGCGGCGAUGCUGGGCGUCAGCCCCACUCCCGGGGCGGAGACCCCGUCGCCUGCGCCGCCGAGCGGGACCCCCUUCGAGGAGACCAGGCUGCACGUCUUCACCUUGGAUUACCUGCACGUGAGGGUACCCUUCGAGAUCACCCUGUGGAUCCUGCUGGCUUCUUUGGCUAAGAUCGGUUUCCACCUAUACCACAAGCUGCCCCAUGUAGUGCCAGAGAGCUGCCUCCUUAUCCUGGUUGGAUUGAUUCUAGGUGGGAUUAUGUUUGGAGUACAAGAAAAGUCUAUAACGGUGAUGAACAGCGAUGCUUUUUUCUUGUACCUUCUGCCCCCAAUUGUCCUCGAUGCCGGCUACUUCAUGCCAACGCGCCUCUUCUUUGAGAACUUCGGCACCAUUUUCUGGUACGCGGUUGUAGGGACUCUGUGGAACUCGUUUGGCAUCGGCAUUUCCCUCUUUGCCAUUUGCCAGAUUGAAGUAUUCGGCCUGCGCGAUAUCACUCUGCUGCAGAGCCUGCUUUUCGGCAGCUUGAUUUCGGCCGUGGAUCCCGUGGCAGUGCUGGCGGUUUUUGAAAACAUUCAUGUCAACGAGCAGCUGUACAUCCUAGUUUUUGGGGAGUCGCUGUUGAACGAUGCUGUAACGGUGGUCCUGUACAACCUCUUCAAGUCUUUCUGCAAGAUGCGUACAGUUGCGGCUGUUAGCAUAUUUGCUGGAAUUGCUAAUUUCUUUGUAGUUGGCAUCGGCGGAGUUUUGAUUGGAAUUGUUAUGGGCUUUGUAGCAGCUUUUACGACACGUUACACCCAUAAAAUUCGAGUGAUUGAACCCCUGUUUGUCUUCUUAUACAGUUACCUGGCAUACAUAACAGCUGAAAUGUUUCAUCUCUCAAGCAUUAUGGCGAUUACAGCUUGUGCUAUGACCAUGAGUAAAUACGUGGAGGCGAAUGUUUCUCAAAAGUCCUACACCACAAUAAAGUACUUCAUGAAGAUGCUGAGCAGUGUCAGCGAGACCCUGAUCUUUAUUUUCAUGGGAGUGUCCACAGUUGGAAAAAACCAUGAGUGGAACUGGGCCUUUGUUUGCUUUACCCUCCUGUUUUGUUUGAUUUGGCGUGCGCUAGGAGUUUUUGCAUUGACUCAAAUCAUUAAUGUAUUCCGGACAAUUCCUAUAACAUUUAAGGACCAGUUUAUUAUUGCCUAUGGAGGCCUCCGGGGAGCCAUAUGUUUCUCUCUUGUUUUCUUGCUUCCUUCUGCCGACUUCCCUAGAAAGAAGCUUUUCAUUACUGCUGUUAUUGUGGUGAUAUUCUUCACAGUCUUCAUUCAGGGAACAACAAUUCGUCCACUGGUGGAAUUUCUGGAUGUUAAAAGAGCAAAUAAGAAGCAACCAGCUGUUAGCGAGGAAAUUUAUUGUCGGUUCUUUGAUCACGUGAAAGCUGGAAUUGAAGAUGUGUGUGGACACUGGAGUCACAACUUUUGGAGAGAUAAGUUUAUAAAGUUUGACAAGAAAUACUUGCGAAGGCUUCUGAUUAGGGAAAGUGAGCCUAAAUCAAGUAUAGUUUCCCUGUACAAGAAACUUGAAAUAAAGCAUGCGAUAGAGAUGGCAGAGUGUGGAAUGAUAAGCACAGUACCAUCGCUGGCUUCUAUAAGUGAACUUAAAGAAGAAGAAGAAGAAAUAAGGCCUUCCUAUCCUGCCAAGAUGGAUGAUAUAAGAUACAUUUUAACAAAAAAUCUCUAUCAGAUACGACAAAGAACCCCAUCAUACAACAGAUACAGUCUCGCUGAAGAUGCAAGCGAAAAGCAGGCAAAAGAAAUUUUGAUUCGUCGCCGACACAGCCUGAGGGAGACCGUGAAGAGGGGCAGCAGCUUGUCAAGACAGGUGGCAGCCAAACCGCCCCGUUAUUUGUCGCUGCCUAAAAACACCAAACUCCCUGAGAGAGUACGGAAAAGAAAUCAGUCUUCUUAUAAAGUAACGGACGACAGCGAUUCUGAAUCUGAUCAAAGCACAGUGCUGAAUUUGAAAUCCCAAGCAGGGAAAAUUCUGAGAGACCAGAGGCUUCGACAGCAGCAGUGUAGGGUGGAAUGGAAAAACGAAACGGACAGGAGCAACAGAGAGACGGCAAGCCACCCCCAGGGAAACAGAGGCUUCAGGCAACCACUUUUGCCAAGACCAGCAUUUGGCGCACUGAAUGAGGAAGAGUCAGCGGAAGAUGACGGACCCGCCAAACCACUGCCACCGCCUCGUUUAAUCCGACAGGCUUCAAAAAGGCCUAGUGAUAAAUCCGAAAAUAAACCAUAUUGAAAGCUGCUAAGUGGAGCCAUUAACAAUGAACAGCAGAGGGAGGUACUUUAAAGGGACAGAUCAAGCCAUUUAAGGGUCAUGGGUACUGGUUGGGGAUGGGAGGGAAAGAAAUCAUGUUCUUUCACUACGUGGAGAAAAGAACUCUUCACCUUCUGCAGAACCAAACAAUGCAACUAUUUUGUUUUAUAUUUUGUUUUUAAACUUCUGUGAUGAAGAUAAGUUUUAUCAGUUAGAUACUGUACUUUUGAAUGUAAAUUGUGUUUUGCGUGUUUGCCAAUGGCAGGUUUGCAGUUAUAAGUUGCACUGAGAAAUUGCACAAUGCACUUCUUUUAAAAAGAAUUCAUCCUCAGAAAGCAAUUCUAAGAGUGCCUGAUGCACUGAAACAAAAUUAGGUGUUGCAAACUGUGAAACUGAACAAAUGCAAGAGAUUAAGGCCACAGUACAGCCUUUUGCCCAUGUAAUAUGGAAGUUGCUUCUGAAACCGAAAUUCUAUUACUGUACUAUGUGAAGAUGUAAAUAGAAAAGCUCGUUUCUAUUGCCAUGCUUGCUGCUCUUCUGCAUUGUCAGAAAUGCCCCUCUACUUGAUAAUUCCAAUAACUCUUUGGAUUUAGUUGUUGAAACUUAUCACUUGAAAUAUAUUAAUUUAUAAAUAUAUAUGCACUUUUCAGGAGCAUUUUGCCAUUUUUGUCUUAAACCUACGAAGUUUGAACAAAUAAGUAAAUGAGCUUAUGAUUGGAUAGUCACCUCAAUACGUUGUUUUCAGUCCAAAACUGUUUCAUUUAUUGACUUCAAAAUUGAAUUCGAUCCUGUCAGUAGGUUUUAUGGAUCUGGGUUUUAUUUCAUGGAAAAUACAGAGUUACAUUUGCUUAAUAAAUGAAAAAGAUACAUAUACAGAAUGGCAAAGUGUGAAAUGAAGCAUAAAUUGGAUUGGGAUAUGACACGGGUGGCCCUGUGGGUUAAACCACAGAGCCUAGGGCUUGCCGAUCAGGUCGGCGGUUCAAAUCCCCGUGACGGGGUGAGCUCCCGUUGCUCGGUCCCUGCUCCUGCCAACCUAGUGGUUUGAAAGCACGAAGUGCAAGUAGAUAAAUAGGUACUGCUCCGGUGGGAAGGUAAACGGCGUUUCCAUGUGCUGCUCUGGUUUGCCAGAAGCGGCUUAGUCAUGCUGGCCGCAUGACCCGGAAGCUGUACGCCCGCUCCCUCGGCCAGUAAAGCGAGAGGAGCGCCGCAACCCGAGUCGUCCGCGACUGGGCCUAAUGGUCAGGGGUCCCUUUACCCAUUACCUUUAUGAAAAAAUAUAUGAUUUUGACUAACAUUUCCCAAGCAGUUCUAAUAGCACAAUACAUCUUUAUUGGGCGGUAAAAUGGCUAGUUUCUUUUCUGGGUUUGUGCUGCAGUAAGUUUACGGAUGCUUUGAAAGCAGAACUGCCAAAGUACCGUAAUGCCUAAUCUCUAGUGCCAUCUGUUGGAAGGUAUAAAACACAAAUUUCUUUUCAGUUUGCUCUCUACCAACACAGAAUACUCCAUGUUUAUACAAAAAUAUCAAUCAUCAGCUAACGGUGAUUAAAAGCUCUGUGAGAAGAGCUGAUCGUUUGGAGACCCAGUCCUAGACAUAUUUACCCUGGAGUAAGCCCCACUGAAGAUUGCAGAGUAACGUGGGUAGUUUAUCCCUCACAUAACAAACUAAUAUUUGAGGAACUAGGCGCAGAGACAAAGUGAAGAAGUCCAAACUCUCUAUAAAAUGGAGAUUCAUCAUUGGGCACUAUACAUGUGAUGUAACUACUGUUUAUCAUUUAGUACAGAAAUGUUUAAGUGAUUUAGAACGUGGCUAAACUUACGCUUGCCACCACCACAGGACUCUUGACACAAUCACCUCAAACAGCCUUAGGAGUGGUUGGUAACAGUGUGAAAACUCCAAUUGAUAAUCCAUAUAGCAAGUUGUUCUACAAGUGCCCUUUUAAAAUGUGGGGUUUUUUUUGAGGGGUGGUUUUUUAAAAUUUAUUUUGAUUAUAUAUUUUUGUGGUUUUAUAUUUUGAUUUUGUUAUGUGAACCACUGAUACCUCCGGGUAUAAGGCAGAAUAAUAAUAAUAAUAAUAAUAAUAAUAAACACUUCACAAGUGUAAAUACUCAGCACAUGGAAGCUGUUAGGAACAGCCUCUGUGUGGGAUGUGCAAUUUAUAGACCAGCAAUUAUUCUGGCUGGAAUAAUGAGCAAAUAGACAACAAUAACUGAAGACUAGCAGAAAAGGCGGACAUUCUUUUCCCUUUUAUUUCCGCUUACCAACAUUGUUAUGCAAUUCCAAGAGCUCUUAACUUUGAAGAGAACAAUGCAAAGCCAUUUUAAAACUGCCUUCCAACAAAGUACAAUGCAUCCCUGAGGGACUCUCUUUACAGAUGUUCUUUGUCCCAAAUGCUCCAGAUACGAAAAAUUAUUCCUCAAUAUUUAUUCUGCUACAUCAUGUCAGUAGUUAAGAUUGUUUUCUGAGCUCGCAGUUUCAAAAGAAACUUUGCAGACCAGUUUUGAACUGUGAGCGGGUGAAUCUUCCUGCUUUUAAGGCGUGCCAUAUGCACAUUUCCCUAGGAAUGAGUCUCUUACUGGAUGGCACUAAAGCAAACAAAUGUUCCCAAGAAUAGAAUGCACCUACCAGCUCCCCACUCACCACCUCUUUGCUCUGAUCCCCAUCUUGCAUGCUUUGAAAUUCUAGCCUUAAAUUUUAUGACAAAUGCAACUGGACUUUCGUUUGGAGGGUGUGGAGAGUAAAAGCGGACGAGGUGCAACCUGGAGUGCAGAAGCAGCAGGCAGGGAAAAUGUUCAACAUCAUCCCUUGCCAACUGGCUUUUCGGGAUGGUGAGGCCAUCGAGGUUCAUUUCCUCGCUUUUGAGUGCGAUGUGUAGUCAGGCCCUAAAUAAAUACGCUUAGAAUUGCAGCCAUAGUACAGAAGACAGUUCUAUCUUGCCUGUUUUGUAAAUGUAACACUUUUCCCCCCCUUACCUGUUUUAUUAAAUGCUAAAAGAUGCCUACACAACUUGUGACCCACUGGAUUGAGUGCAGCCUACCAAGUGUUCUUGUUUUUGCUGCCUCCCUCAGACUGCAGUCUACAAUAUGCAUUAAUCUUAGUGGGACCAAGUUGUACAAGCCUGCGCCAACGCCAUUUUAACUAAAAAGCAGGCCAUAUUUCAUUAUAUUUCAGCUGGAGUUGAUUGGACAAUUGUUUCUAUUUCAAGCAGCUGAUCAAAGAGGGAUGAUGAAUACAGAACAGGGACAUCUCUCUAUCUAUAUAUUUUUGAAGCGAGCUCCAUCUA